CAGGUAUACAAAAGAAGAUGGUACAUCUUAACUAUAUACUCCCUUCUAGCUGGUACCCAAGCUUAUGUGUGGAACUUUUGGGGACCUAUAGCGGCUACUAGUGAACAUGCCUACGGUUGGACGGAUGCAGAUAUUGCCUUUUAUGCCAACUGGGGGCCAAUCUGUUAUAUACCUAUGGUUAUUCCAUUUUCAUGGCUGAUUUCAACCAAAGGAUUGCGAGUGUCCCUAUUAGUAGCCAGUGGUUUAGUUGCUGCUGGGUCAGCUGUACGAUGCACCAUUACUGAACCUCCUUAUAACAAAUGGGUUGUUCAUUCAGGACAACUGUUAAAUGGUGUAGCUGGUCCUAUCGGUAAAGGAAUGGGUCCUGUAGUAUCUGCUACUUGGUUUCCACCGAGUCAACGGACAACAGCUACGGCGAUCAUGUCUGGUUUUCAGUGGUUUGCUGUCGGUAUAUCGUGUAUUGCGGAGGUGUUGGAUGUUUUGUCGCCGAAUGUGACAAUAAGUCUAAAAUUUAUAUUUCAGGGCCAUUGUCAAUUAAAUCCUAACUUUGAUAUUGUGUUUAUUUCAGUGGCUGGAUUGUGUACAGCUAUAUUUAUAGUUGUUAUUGUUUAUUUUCCGGGUGAACCCCCUCUACCCCCCAGUCCUUCUGCCUCCAUCCAAAGACUGGACUAUAAAAGUGGUCUCAUCAGACUUAUAAGACAUAAACCAACUUUCUGGUUUAUUGCGGUGUUAUAUGGGUCGUCUACAGGAAUCAGAGAAGCCUGGGGCUCUAUGUUAAAUGUCAACUUGAAAGCACAUGGAAUAUCACAGAAUGAUGCCGGCUGGAUCGGAUUCUACUCGUCAGUUGCAGGUUGGUUAGUUGGUAUAGUGAUAGCCAGGUUUGCUGAUCUGUUAAAACGGAGGUUGAAGAUAUUUCUAAUAGUGUUAUAUUUUCUCAGUACCGUAUUGUAUAUCUGGUUAACUUUCUCCUUGGUUGGAAUAUUGCCUGCUUCUAAAGCCUCUCUGUACGUGUCUAUAAUAACAUCAACUAUAAUAUUGUGUUCAACCAGUCCCCUAUUUUAUGAAGCAGCGUGUGAAAUAGCUUACCCUAUCUCAGAAGGAAUAGCUAAUUUAGCUCUGACCAUGCAGGCUAAUAUAGCAUCAUUGAUAUUUUUAGGUAUUCUUUCAAUACCAAAUAUAGGUACAGUUUGGAUGAAUUGGCUACUAAUUGCUAUAUUUGGUGUGUGUUUUCUGUGUUUAUUAUUUAUGAAAGAAGACUACAGUAGAUCUGAUACGGACGAUAAAAACAAAGAGAUUACAAUAAAUGUGUCUUGA